GUCGGCGGAGCUCUAACCCUAGUUUUCUUUUAUUUCUGUCUCCGCCGCUUUCCCCGUCCUGAUUCUGAUCUGCGGCCCACUCGCCUUCGAUCCCGCUUGCUUCGAGUCGCUUGAUUCGAUUGCCCCUCGAUCGAUCUCUGGCCUUGAUCCGUGUGCCCCUCGAUCGAGAGCGACGAAGAGACAGUGGGAGCACGAUGUCGCGGUGCUUUCCGUACCAUCCGCCGCACAUCGAAGAGUCCUUGAUCGAAUCAAUCAAGGUUUGUUGAGCAUCAAUGCCGCUGCGAUUGAUUUCUUGCAUUCUUGCUCGACUUCCUUUAUUCGCGAUCCGUUCGUCGCCACGAUCUCUUGGUCACUUUAGUCUUAGAUCGAACGAAUUCUUGCGAAGUUGGAGUUCAUAAGUUUGUAAUCAUAUGUCAAAUGGAUAGAGGAAUUGUAAUCGACCACAAUAUGAUUGGAUUUUAUUCCGUAGAUAGUAUUGUUUAGGAAAUUGGUUUUUUGUUAUUCUUCUGGUGGAUGGCUAUGGAGUUCUUAUGAAGAUGAGUUGUUGGUUGGUAGAUGAGAUGCUCAGGUCAAUUACAAGACUAUUAAGCGGUUCUCUACACGAGUCUUGAGCUUUGAAUUUAUAGAUCUCCUAUGAAUAAGCAAUUAAAAGUGGAUCUGCCAAGGCUAGAUGUGGUACAGGUAUGGGGAGCACUCUGAUGUCAGAUUAAGAAAUUCCGAAUUGGAUCUUGAUAUGAUUGAUGUGGACGAUUAAAAGAAAUCCUUAGGAGUUGAUUUGUAGGUAUACUAUGAAAAAGCAAUUCACAUUUGCAACAGAUCCAGUUAUUUUUGCGCUUUCUUUUAAUUGUCGGACCAGUAUUUUGGUGGAAGUCAUUUGAUGGAAAUCAUGGAUACUAUCAAGAACCCUUGUAGUAGUUGCACUUUCUUUGUAUUCUCUUUUUAGAUGUUCCAGUUGUGGCAUAGUAAUUUCAAGGCAAAGAUGAACGACUUGAUUCCAUUGGAUUCUCAUCAAUGUAUUUGCACUUAAAGUGAAAUGGUUGUUUAUAUUAAUUAUCAUGAGAGGUCUAAUUAUAUUAGUCUCCUAAUAAAGUUUAUUAGCAAACAACUCCAUCUUAUGUCUCAAGCAUAGCAUCUGAGUUUUGAAUGCUAUCGGAUUAUUAUGUUAGAAUUUUGUUUAGAGAUUGAGGAAUGCAGUCAGAUCUAAGAGGAUUGGCAAUUUAUUAACAGUAAAGCUUUUACUCUAGUUCUAAACAUUAAUGUUAACAAUCUGUAUUGUUGAAAAUUCUUGUUUGUUUGAAGUUCAUAUCCGUUGUUACUUUUUUUUGGAAUAUCUGAGCUUGAACAGAUAUCCGGGUUCAAAUCCCGGCAACGGAUUUAUGACCAAAAAGAAAAAAAAGAACCUUGUAAUUAUAAUAUUCUUGGUCACUCUCUUGACAGGACUUCUUCAUAGUUUGACUGCUAAUGUAAAUUGAGUCUUAGGGGAAUGAAUGAUAGUGCAUAGAAAAUUUUUGGUUUACUAUUUUCUUUAGUAAUCAGGGUGAACGUAUCAAAGAUGCAAAGGUUCCUAAGUUCUUAUUGGUAAACUAAAUAUUAGUUAAAUGAUUGGCUAUAUAUUGCUAUAGUGAUUGUGUGUUUCCUGUUUUCCUCUCCUCAUUUCAUUACCGUUCUGCCCUUUCUACUUGGAGUGUUUUUUUUUUCUCAAAAAUGAUUUUUUUAGCAGCUGUGCAAUUGGGUGUUUUGUGUAAGAUAGAUGUGUCAAAAUAUAAAAUAUGAAACAUUCUGAGAUAGGCAUCUCGAUCCUAUAAUUGGGGGAUACAAUUGUUGUAUGCAAACUUAUAAUAGAUUUUACUGCUGGUAAUUGGUUUGGGAUUUCAGGAAGAAUCUCUAAUAUAUCUUACUAGGAGAUUGAGUUGUAAGAACUGGUUUUGGAAGAAUGUUAUUCUAUUUGGACUUUUUUGCUCAAUGUGAAAUAUCAUGCUAUUGAAGCCUAAAGAGUGUACUAUUAUAUUGACUCGUACCUGUGUAAUACAUUCUCCGGUGUGCCUCUCUGCUUUGCUUCCCCACUGUAUAUUCUUUGCUGGGGUUGACUAUUCUUCUGGUGCACUGAAGCUCCAAAAAGAAAGCCAAAAGGCAAAGAAGAAAGAAAAAAAGAGGGAGAGAAAGGAGAGGGAGAAGACCAAUGAAAAGCUUGUGAACUCUCAGCACGAGGAGAACCAUAUCAAGAGAAAGCAUGAAGAGAAGAAGUUGGAUCAGAAUUUGUUCAGCCAAAAGACCAGCAAUGAUGUUAUCCAGCAGCUGGAGAGAAGUGGCAUUACAGAAGAACAUGAGCUUCCAUGUUCCAUUCAGUAUUCCCACGACUCCCCUGAGAGCUCUCAGGACAGCAAUAAGAGGAGAAAACUUCUGCCCUCUGAUUCUGGUCAUAACAAGCAUGGAAUUAUCAUUCGCAUUAAGUUGCCAACAUUGAAGCAAAGAGACUCAAAGCCACCAUUACUAUCGGUGAGGCAAGAAGAUGCACAGCUACCAUUGGCAUCCUUGAAGAAAAGAGAGCCUAAGCCACUAUUACCAUCGGUAAGGCAAGCAGAUGCACAGCUACCAUUGCCAUCGUUGAAGCAAAGAGAGUUGAAGCCACCAUUACCAUCGGUAAGACAAGCAGAUGCACAGCUACCAUUGCCAUCGUUGAAGCAAAGAGAGCCAAAGCCACCAUUACCAUCGUUGAGGCAAGCAGGCACAAAGCUACCAUUGCCAUCGUCGAAGCAAAGAGAGUUGAAGCCACCAUUACCAUCAUUGAGGCAAGCAGACACAAAGCAACCAUUGCUCUCGUUGGAGCAAAGAGAGUUGAAGCCACCAUUACCAUCGUUGAGGCAAGCAGACACAAAGCUACCAUUGCCAUCGUUGGAGCAAAGAGAGCCAAAGCCACUAUUACCAUUGGUGAGGCAAGCAGACACAAAGCUACCAUUGCCAUCAUUGACAAAAAGAGAGUCGAAACCACCAUUACCAUCGUUGAGGCAAGCAGAUGCACGACUACCAGUGCCAUCGUUGAAGCAAAGAGAGCCAAAGCCACCAUUACCGUCCGUGAGGCAAGCAGAUGCACAGGUGCCAUUUCCAUCGCUGAAGCAAAGAGGUCCAGAGCCACAGGACACUCAAACAGCUGCGCAAGUGAAUGUGGUAGUCAACAACAAAUCAAAGCAGAUAGCUGAUGAACGUCCUGCGGUUGAUGAACAGCCGUGUUCUUCAGGCAGGGCUGUGGAAACUGGUCUUGAUCGAGAAGCAGCUGCACCUUCGCAUAGAACUACCAGUUCGAAAAGGAUUGGCAGCAGAACACGGCAACAGGAAAAGUUUGAUGAAUUAAUAGUGAAUUGGAAUCCAUCGCCAUUGCAGUUGGAGUUGGAGUCUUCAGACGCAGGUGGCGACGACUGGUUGUUUGGGGCUCCAAAGCAGCGGGGCACCAGUUCGUUUGCUGCUGAGAGCAAAUCCAGCAAUGGAAGUGGAAGUAAUGCCAUUUCUUCUCCGCAGCCCCGAGCCCUCUACUUGCCUGAAUUCGAUAUGUAUCAGCUGCCUUAUACAGUCCCGUUUUAAAUUCAAGGGACAUGAAUCGAUGCAGUCAGAAACAUGUUCUGUAGCCUAGCCAACAUUUUAAAAGAUCGGGAGAACAUGCUGCAUUGCAAGGCCGAGCAAAAAAGGUGUCAUCUAUUUUCUUUGGGAUUGGCUGUAUGCUUGCAGUUCCCUUCAGAGUUCUUGUCCUGAUCCAAAAUGUUUGGACCCCUGCCUAACCGCAAACGGGUUUUGAUCGAGGAGGAAGUCGAAUUCGUGUAUGUAUUCUUAUCCUCUUAGGCAACGAGUACGGAUGAUGGCGUCGAGUGA